CACGGCGCGUCACGUGACGGCGCGGGUCAGGCGGCGCGCCGCGCACAAUGCUGCCGGCACCCCCGGUGCGUGCUCCCCUUUCGCUCCCCCGGUGCCCUCGGAUCUCGCCGCCCAACGCCGGAGCAAGUGCCCCAACCCCUGCCCCAAAUCCCACCAUAUAAAACCCGCGCGCUUCGCACCCUCUACCCGCCAUUCUUUUCUGCUUCUUUUCUACCAAUUCGCACCCUCCCCUCAACAUGUCCGAUAUCGAUCAAUUGGCUAUUUCCACCAUCCGCUUGUUGGCCGUCGACGCCGUGGCCAGCGCCAACUCCGGCCACCCGGGCGCCCCUUUGGGCCUUGCGCCUGCCGCCCACGCAGUAUGGAAGGAAAUGAAGUUCAACCCUAAAAACCCCGACUGGGUCAACAGAGACCGCUUUGUGUUGUCCAACGGCCACGCCUGUGCGUUGCUCUACGCCAUGUUGCAUCUCUACGGCUUCGACAUGUCGCUCGACGACUUGAAGCACUUCAGACAAUUGAACCUGAAGACCCCGGGCCACCCUGAGAAGUUCGAGAUUCCCGGCGCCGAGGUCACCACCGGGCCCUUGGGCCAGGGUAUCUCCAACGCCGUGGGCUUGGCCAUUGCGCAGAAGCAGUUUGGUGCCACCUUCAACAAGCCCGACCACACGAUCUCCGACCUGUACACCUACGCGUUCUUGGGAGACGGCUGCUUGAUGGAGGGUAUCUCCUCCGAGGCCUCCUCGUUGGCCGGCCACUUGCAGUUGAACAACUUGAUUGCGUUCUGGGACGACAACAAGAUCACCAUCGACGGCUCCACGGACUGCGCGUUCACCGAGGACGUGUUGAAGCGUUACGAGGCCUACGGCUGGGACACGCUCACCAUCGAGAAGGGCGACACCGACUUGGAGGGCGUCGCCGCGGCCAUCAAGACCGCCAAGGCCUCGUCCAAGCCCACCUUGGUCCGCUUGACCACCGUCAUCGGCUUCGGCUCCUUGCAGGAGGGCACCCACAGCGUCCAUGGCGCGCCUUUGAAGGCCGACGACAUCAAGCAGUUGAAGGAGAAGUUCGGCUUCGACCCCUCCAAGUCCUUUGUCGUGCCCCAGGAGGUCUACGACUACUACUCGUCGCUCGCCAAGAAGAACCAGGAGAUCGAGCAGCAGUGGAACAAGACCGUGGAGUCCUACCAGACCGCCUACCCUGAGGAGGGUGCCGUCUUGGCCAGAAGACUCGAGGGCAAGUUGCCCGAGAACUGGGCCGACGCCUUGCCUUCCUACACCAAGGACGACAAGCCUUUGGCCACCAGAAAGUUGUCCGAGAUGGCCUUGUCCAAGAUCUUGCCCGUGUUGCCCGAGCUUUUGGGUGGCUCUGCCGACUUGACCGGCUCCAACUUGACCAGAGCCCCAGACAUGGUUGACUUCCAGCACCCAUCCACCGGCUUGGGCGACUACACCGGCCGUUACAUCAGAUACGGUGUCAGAGAGCACGGCAUGGGUGCCAUCAUGAACGGUAUCCAGGGCUUCGGCGCCGGGUUCAAGAACUACGGAGGCACUUUCUUGAACUUCGUCUCCUACGCGGCCGGUGCCGUGAGAUUGUCUGCGUUGUCCCACUUGCCUGUCAUCUGGGUCGCCACGCACGACUCCAUUGGCUUGGGUGAGGAUGGCCCUACUCACCAGCCUAUCGAGACCUUGGCCCACUUCAGAGCCACGCCCAACAUGUCUGUCUGGAGACCAGCUGACGGUAACGAGGUUUCGGCCGCCUACAAGUCCGCCAUCGAGUCCGUCUACACGCCUCACAUCUUGGCUUUGACCAGACAAAACUUGCCUCACUUGGAAGGCUCUUCUAUCGAGAAGGCCUCCAAGGGUGGCUACACCGUCUACUCCUCCGCCGAGAAGCCCAACGUGAUCAUUGUGUCUUCUGGUUCCGAGGUGUCUCUUUCCAUCGAAGCUGCCAAGAAGUUGGCUAGCGAGGGAAUCAAGACCAACGUUGUGUCGUUGCCAGACUUCCACACUUUCGACAAGCAGACCCAGGACUACAGAUUGUCUGUCUUGCCAGACGGUGUGCCAAUCAUGUCCGUUGAGGUGAUGUCCUCUUUCGGCUGGUCCAAGUACUCGCACGAGCAAUUCGGCUUGAACAGAUUCGGUGCUUCCGGUAAGGCUGAGGAUCUUUACAAAUUCUUCGACUUCACUCCUGAGGGCGUUGCCGACAGAGCUGCCAAGACGGUGCAGUUCUACAAGGGUAAGGAGGUCAUCUCCCCAUUGAACAGAGCUUUCUAAAUAGACGUUAGAUCGCUACCCAUCAAUAGAUGUUGAACAAGGACCGGGGCUUACAGCUGGUGGCGCUGUCAACGCUGUAUGUGGCUUCU